CUAGUCGGACUCGAGUGUUUUUUUUUUUUUUACUUUUAUCAACAAAACAAAUAAAUUUAAUUACGUUUAAUUAAUUCCAAUGAGAUAACAAUUAAAUUUACUUGUCUAUUGCUUUGUGUUGCAAUAAUUUUUAUAUUAAAUAAGUGACCAUGGAAAUUUCAAAAUCUGUAUAUUUAAAUAUAAUUUUUUUUUGUGGAUUAUUUGGACUAAUUUCGACACAGCUCGAAGAAGGAAGUGAAUGUAAUUUAGACAACGGCGAGAUUGGAAUCUGUAAAAAAUUACCAGAAUGUCCCCCAAAAUUAGAAGACGCGCGUAAAGGUAGACGGACCGCGUUAUCUAGUCGCUGUGGUUUUAGCGGGUUCAUUGAAGUUGUUUGCUGUCCCAUUCCUGUUCAAGAAAAAAUCGGAAUACGUCCCGCUGAUGUCGCCUGCCACGAUUAUGAAAAUGAAAUAUUGAGUGUGGAGAGAUUAUCAUGGCACAUAUUGGCUGGAAUAGAGGCUGAAGCUGAGGAGUUUCCUUACAUGGCGGCUCUGGGGUAUUUAGAUAAGAGUGAGGACGAUGUAACCGAGAAUGCGGAAAACGGAGGCAGUAAGAGGAAAAUUGCUUACUUGUGCGGGGGAACGAUUAUUGCGCCGAGAUUUGUUCUCACAGCUGCACAUUGCGUCAGUAAUUUUAACGAAAAUGUUCCGAUCAUGGUACGAGUGGGAUCAGUUGAUUUGGAGUCCAAGGACCCGAAUGCCCAGACCAUUGCCAUAAAAGAAGUGAUUCCUCAUGCCAAGUACAAACGCAGCACAAUGUACUAUGAUAUCGCGCUACUGAAAUUAAUCGAGCCCAUAAAUUGGUCGAAAACCGUAAAGCCAAUUUGUCUACAAACAAAACCCGCGUCAACUCUAAAGACCGAUAUCCCAGGGACUUAUUUGGUAGUCGUGGGCUGGGGCGCUACUGACAUUGAUCAAGACCAAUCGUCCAAGCUGCUAAAAACUCCAAGUCUCCAGUUUGAAUCCAAAGAAAAUUGCUCGGUUGCUUACCAGGGAUUCCGACAGCUUCCUUUCGGUCUGGAUGACAAAAUGAUCUGUGCAAAAGAUCCCAAUAGUACUCGGAGAGCAGACGCGUGUCAAGGCGACAGUGGAGGUCCUCUUCUGUUGCUGUCAUCUUCUGGGGACACGGUCAUUGGGGUCACUUCCUUCGGGCAGAGCUGUGGAGGUCCCAACGCUGCGGUAUACACUUCUGUUUACUCAUUUAUUGACUGGAUUGAAGAAAAUGUAUGGCCCGAGCGUGUUAAUAAGUAAAAUAAAAAUACUGAGUUUAUUU